AUGUCUCUGAGAAACCUGUCAGUCAAAGCUCUUCUGUUCUUCAGGAUUUGUCAGGUUGGGCUUUGGGGUCUUGUCUCAGCCUCUGAGCUGAAAGAGCAGCCUGAGAAAAUCGCCGUCAUUGGAGGAGGAAUCGGAGGAACAGGAGCAGCAUAUUUCCUGAGGCAGGAGUUCGGACCGCCUGUCAAGAUUGACGUGUUUGAAGCAGGACCUGUCGGCGGACGUCUUGCAACCGAGAACAUCAGGGGACAUGAAUAUGAAACCGGAGGGUCAAUUAUACACCCACUUAAUUUGCAUAUGAAGCACUUUGUGGACAAACUGGGCACUGAAUCAAGCUUUUACGAGGUGAACUACGUUGGUGAUUCUGGCCCUGCCCACUCCAUUUAUGACAUUGUGAUUGUGGCCACACCCCGUCAUGAAGGCCUCUCUGACUUCUCACCUCCAAUCCCAUCUCCCUUUCCUGGCCACUACCACCACCUUGUGACCACGCUGGUCCUGGGUCAGGUCAACACAUCAUAUCUGGGGAUUGAUCAGUUUUUUUCCCAGGAGCCACUGUCUGAGGAACAGCUGCGGGAGAUUUUCGUGUCAUGGGAGGGGGUGUGGGAGAAGCGCUGGCUGGCUUACCCCUCAUACAGCUCCUCACCACACCCACCGUUCGUCCUCCACGACCGUUUAUACUAUCUCAGUGCCAUCGAAUGGGCUGCCAGCUGCAUGGAAUUGAGUGUUGUUGCAGCACGCAACAUGGCACUGCUCGCCUACCACCACUGGCACGACCAGACAGACAAAAUUGACCAAGAGGACCUGCACCCCCGCCUCCGUGGAGAGCUGUAA